AUGAAAUAUAUCAAUAAUUCUUCUAUUACUUCUUCUUCUAAAGGAGACAUAUUUGAAAUUAAAGUUUUCAGAUUAGUUAAAAAUAAAAUAAAGAUUGACUGCCAAAGGGUGAGGCAGAGAACUGAAAGCGCAUCAUGGCCACAGGGGAUGUUACAAGAACCAAACUUUGAAAGUGUUGUAUCAAGAUUUAAUAAGCAAACAACAAUCAGAAUUUAUGUUAUAUCAGCAAAGGAUAGUUAUUCGAGUGGUGCUAUAGGAAGAGCUGAAUCAUCUGAAUACCAUUUACUAUUGACGAAUAUACAUGAUCUGUGUCAGGACAUUCCUGAAUACUUAUCUAAAAUAUUGAAAGAUAAUUCUGUCAAUGAAAAGAUUUAUAGGAUAAAAGAAAAG